UAGCAUUGAAACAGGGUGUGGUCCUGAAACCAGCAAGGUCUGUAGUAGUGCCCAGGGUUUAAAUUGAGCUGAAUGAUACCAACCUCAUAGUCAUCAUAGCUGGCCUCACGCUUUUCCUUAUCUGUCAUUUCAGCUUUCUCUCUCAGUUUUCCCACAUUUGUUGAGACUUUCAGCUCUCUUGGUUGGAUUUUAAGUGACUGGUUUUACACAUUUGAGGACUGCUUGUGGCUAACACCCACAGAAUAGCUUUACAUGUAUCUGGUUUUCACCUGAGGCUCACUGGUGUUGCUGAUCUGCUGGAUCCUCUGGUUUGAAUGCUGCCUGCCUCGGCUGUGCAGCUGCUUUCUUCACAAACGGGAGUGAGACCUGAGCACUGACUGUGCUCCGCAGGCCUUUGAUAGGGGAAAAACAAAAGCCGCCACCAUGCUUCGAGACGCUGUUGCAAACCUUGUGAAAUUACAUGAUUAUCUAACAUCAAGAGCUGAUGUUCGGAUCAAAGACUACACACUGAUGAGAGACCCCUUACACAUGACCGGCAUCCUGUUGAUGUAUGUCGUCCUUUCUGUGUACGUUGGUCCUCGCCUGAUGGCUAACCGCAAGCCUUUCGGUCUCAACAAAGCCAUGAUCAUCUACAACCUCUGCAUGGUUUUAUUAAACGCCUUCAUAGUGUAUGAGUUCCUUAUGUCAGGAUGGGCCACCACAUAUUCCUGGAGAUGUGACCUUAUCGACACUUCACGAACUCCACAGGCGCUUCGGAUGGUUGAAGUGGCUUGGUGGUUUUACUUUUCAAAAUUCGUUGAACUCCUCGACACACUAUUCUUUGUUUUAAGAAAAAAACAAAGUCAAAUCACGUUUCUUCACAUCUUCCAUCACUCGGUCAUGCCCUGGACGUGGUGGUGGGGAGUCUCACUGACUCCUGUCGGAGGAAUGGGCUCCUUCCAUGCCUUGGUGAAUUCAGCUGUCCACGUCAUCAUGUACUUCUACUACUUCCUCUCUGCUGCAGGACCUCGCUUCAAAAAAUACCUCUGGUGGAAGAAGUACAUGACAGCCAUCCAGCUUACCCAGUUCGUUAUGGUCUCCGUCCACAUCAGUCAGUACUACUUCAUGGAAAAGUGUGACUACCAGAUUCCUCUUUGGAUCCACCUUAUCUGGAUGUACGGUGUCUUCUUCUUCCUCCUCUUCUCCAACUUUUGGAUACAGGCCUACAUUAAGGGCAAGCGGCUUCCUGUCGGGGAGGACAAACCCAAACUGAAUGGCUCGACAAGUGAACCCAUCAAUGUGGUAGCCAAUGGGAAGCACCUAGAGAACGGGAAUGGGAAUGUGCACAAUUACACUAACGGCCAAAUCGUCCUGGGCAAAGUAAAGGAAAUCUAACAUGGUGACUUGAAGCAAGAAGGAAGCUCCAGAGCCAACUUGAAUAUGUCAUUCAUCAUUGAAGCGUAUUUGGAUUAGGCCCAGAUCUGAAUAUGCUUCAUCUUAAUGUCAUAAUUUUGUUUGCCUCAUUUUUCUUCUGCACACUUGUUGGGAUAUGAAUGGCAUGUUGUGUUUUGCUGGUGAUCUCUACCUGCCACACUGGGUUUGUUAGCUGUUGUGAAAACUAUUAACUGUGAUGUACACUGUAUGAAGAUUGGUGCUCAAAUUCUCACUGAUAGCAUUCUUCAACUCAGCAAUCACCCACACAAGCCUGACCUACACUAUAGCUGAGCGAGCAUGACCCUUGCUGCCGCUCAGAAGUAUCACGAAAGUCUCCACUGAAGGCUAGCACACAUACAUAACUGCAACAAAGUUUAGUACAUAAAAAAAAAGGUUGUAAAUGUCAAAUAUUUAGAUUUUUUUCUGUUUUUAUUUAUCUUUUGAAAUAAAACAAGUUUUAGAUAAAGGUCUGUGUCAUUUGGAAAGCAGUUAUGGUGUGCACUUUGUUAGUAACAUACCACACCUUUUUUUUAAGAGUUGAGGGAAAGACAUGUUAUCCUGUAUAUUACAGUAUUGAUGCAUUUUGCAUUUUUGCAUAAGUUGGUGGCAUGUACUGCUGUUUGUGUUCAUCCAUAUUAAUCCCCUCCCUUAGUUUUUCCACUCUGCACAGUUGGCACACUGGGCAUGAAGUUGAUACAAAGAACGUUUUUAUUGUUACUGUUAAAAACUAAACUAUGCUGUAGAGUGCCGUUUCUAAAUAUCACUGCAGAAUGGAAAUAUUAAUAAACCUAACAGUGUUUUUA